UAUCCGGUUCCUCUGGGCGCUCAGGGAGCUGACGGAGAGGGCCGCCGCCCAACAGUAGACGCUGUCUCCGCCGGCCCAGCCGCCGUCUCCGCGGUGUGUGAGUGAGCCCGGGCCUGGUCCCCUCUCCCUCCGCCGCCAUGGGCUGCACUUUGAGCGCCGAAGACAAGGCGGCGGUGGAGCGAAGCAAGAUGAUCGACCGCAACUUGCGGGAGGACGGGGAGAAAGCGGCCAAAGAAGUGAAGCUGCUGCUACUCGGUGCUGGAGAAUCUGGUAAAAGCACCAUUGUGAAACAGAUGAAAAUCAUUCAUGAGGAUGGCUAUUCAGAGGAAGAAUGUAAACAAUAUAAAGUAGUUGUCUACAGCAAUACUAUACAGUCCAUCAUUGCAAUCAUAAGAGCCAUGGGACGGCUAAAGAUUGACUUUGGGGAAGCUGCCAGAGCAGACGAUGCCCGGCAAUUAUUUGUUUUAGCUGGCAGUGCGGAAGAAGGAGUCAUGACUCCAGAAUUAGCAGGAGUGAUUAAACGGUUAUGGCGAGACGGUGGGGUGCAGGCUUGCUUCAGCAGAUCCAGAGAAUAUCAGCUCAAUGAUUCUGCUUCAUAUUACCUAAAUGAUUUGGAUAGAAUAUCCCAAACCAACUACAUUCCAACUCAGCAAGAUGUUUUGCGGACAAGAGUGAAGACCACAGGCAUUGUGGAAACACAUUUCACUUUCAAAGACCUGUACUUCAAGAUGUUUGAUGUAGGUGGCCAAAGAUCAGAACGAAAAAAGUGGAUUCACUGUUUUGAGGGAGUGACAGCAAUUAUCUUCUGCGUGGCCCUCAGUGAUUAUGACCUCGUUCUGGCUGAGGAUGAGGAGAUGAACCGAAUGCAUGAAAGCAUGAAACUGUUUGACAGCAUUUGUAACAACAAAUGGUUUACAGACACUUCGAUCAUUCUGUUCCUCAACAAGAAAGAUCUUUUUGAGGAAAAAAUAAAGAGGAGUCCAUUAACUAUCUGUUAUCCAGAAUACACAGGUUCCAAUACAUAUGAAGAAGCAGCUGCUUACAUUCAGUGCCAGUUUGAAGAUCUGAACAGAAGAAAAGAUACCAAGGAGAUCUAUACCCACUUCACCUGUGCCACGGACACCAAGAAUGUGCAGUUUGUUUUUGAUGCUGUUACAGAUGUCAUCAUUAAAAACAACUUAAAGGAAUGUGGACUUUAUUGAAGAGUGUGGAUGUUCAAUAAAAGUUAUUACAGUGUGGAGUGUUGAGACCAGACUUCUUUUGCUGUCUCAAUGGGCAGCUGCAAGCAUGAACGGGACCAGGGAAUGGCAGCGGCAUGCAGAAUCUUAGUACUCUUUAGCACAAUCUUCUGUAUUAGGGAACUCUUAAUUGACAUGAGAUGCUAAAGUCAGACAUUGGAAUUGGAACAACUGUAAAGUAUGAUUUGAUCAUCAAGACAUCACUUGGAUUUCACAAUCUCAAAUGUUUAGGGCAGAUGUGAAGUUGAGGUGCUGCAUUCCAGAACUUCAAUAUGUAGCUUACUCUUUUUUUUUUCCUUCUUGACAAACCACCAGUAGUUCAUUUUUUAAGUUGUUUUUUUUUUGUUGUUGUUGUUGUUUUAUCAAGGGAAGAAUAACGUCACUAAAUUUUAUUUCUUUGUGAAAGAAUCUUUAUUAAAACACAAACAGUCUUAACUAUGCACAUGAUGUGACCAGAUCAUCUUGAAAAUUUUCCUCUUAGUAGGAACUCUUUGUUUUUAACUCUUGGUAUGGUCAGAAUAUAAUAUUUCCAUAAUUACUUAAUUCUUUACAAUUAUUGGGGCUCUAAUUAUAGCUUUUUUGGAUGAAAUUUAUGUUACUAUCCUGUUCAAAAUACCAUUAUGGUUUCUAAACGGUAAUUACAUUGAAGAAUUCUAUAGUAAGAUUCCAGCUCUUCUUUUAAGCUCGUGGUUGAAGGUUAACCUGGUUUAUGCUGAUCACCAAAUUACUAGAUAAAUGCUGAUGUAGUAUGAUGAAGUCAGCUUCUUGGAUACAGACGCACCCAGGGCAGCUGCCAGUUAGAAAUGCAAAUUGCUAAAUUCGAAACAGAACCAGUGACUUUGCUGCUACACAUCUGCUAAAUUGACCACUUUAAUUCUUGCUUGUCCGUCUCAGUCAUAGGGAGUUCUGUAAAAGAUGCCCCUUGUUUUCCAUCUUCCAUUGGCUUUUUCUGUUGGGAAACAUCUAAAGUGUAUUAACAGUGCAUGCCUUUACUUUGUAAACGUGGUGCCAAAUCCCUGUUUGCCAUUGUUUUUAUUGUAGCAAUGUUCAUUGUAGUAAUCCUUAGUCAGUACCUUCUUUUGCUGAAACUAUUGAUUUGGGGACUUUUUUUCCACUUUGUUGUGUGUACAGAUUUUAAUCUGUUAUAGUUGGCAGCAGUAUUAAAAUGGUGAGUAAAGAGUCCAGGUUUGUUCCUGUUUGUAACUAGUCCUUUCUGGAAGUAUUUUCUUCUGUUGUUUUUUGCCCCUACUGUGUGCUUAGGCCUUUGUCUGAGAAUGGGUUUAGGUAGAAGGGUUCCCUGAAGGUGUUCGUCUUUUGGUGUAAUAGUAUUGUUGAAUCUUG